CAUCGUGAUGAUUUCUCAACCUGCUGACGUCACAGCGUGAAGGAGUCUCACCUGGCUGAGAGAAGAAGGAGGUGAAGACUCCACUGUGUCUCUUUUUUACACUGAAACUGAAGAAGUUGCUGAGUCACCUGUUGUUUGUGUGUGUUUUUAAAUUAAUUUACGACUCAUUCGGUCUUUUAUUUUUGAAACCGCAGCUGAGUGUGACGUUCACGGUCCCGCGGAAAAGACUGGUUUCACUCUGAUAAGUUCACAUUAAAGUGUUUGACACUUCCGGGUUCAGACUUGGUUCAGACUUGUGUCAGAAAACAGAGCGACAUGAACAACAUGGAGAUGAAACCGCUUCAUACGAACGGGAAUGAUGGAGCUGCCCAUUUAAAUGAACGGGUGACGGCGGUAAAUGGAGACAGCACGGACAAAUCCUCUCCUGCAACAGAAAGAGACGUUUUACUUUCCAGACAGGCUGCUGAUCACAACGGGGAUGCGAUUACCUCCAGCCAUGAAAUGGAAGCCCAACCAACUGUGGGAUACAACACUAAAGAGUCGAGCACCAUCAGCAGGAUUCUGAGGGAACUGAACUCUGAGGGUUUCCAAAGAGUCAAACUAUGUAUUGCCUUAUUCCUCAUUGCUGUCGUCAUCGUUGCCGUGGUUCUCAUUUCACUGGCGGUGUGUGCAGCGCUCCACGAGGACGUGGACGACAUGUUUGACCCGUCACUGUUUAUCGUCCCUCUGAAUUUCAACGGGAGCUUCCAGCUGCCAAACCAGGUCUUCACCGAGGAACUUUUCAUCUUUUCAUCCAACGAGAGCCAGACCCUCUCUGCUGACCUCCAAGAAAAGCUCUCUGACCUUUACAGAGCCUCUCCUGCUCUGGGACGAUACUUUUCCACGGCUGAGAUAUAUGCUCUACGAAACGGCUCGGUCAUCGCUGACUACCAGCUGACGUUCCUUCUGCCUGAAGAGCAGCAGGAGGAGCUGAGAAACUUCACCCUGAGCAGGGAGAUGGUCUACAACGUCUUCAGGCAGUUCCUCUACGACCAGGAAAUAGAGCAGACCUCGCCCAUGUACAUUUAUCCCCGGUCCCUGUUCAUGUUUUGACAUGUUUGACUCCUGGAAAACCGGAGCGUCCUGAUUUUUGUCCUGAGUUUGAAACGAGGAACUCGCUCGUCACGCGCUCGUUCACGUCCUACUUUUUUUGUGUUUACAUAUGACAAGUCAGACCUUUGUGGGAUAUUUUUAAUCUCCCAAGAGUGGGUGGAAACACUGUGUACGUGUCAUGCAUCUUCACCACAGGAAGCUGCAGAUGCAAAGCCACAGUCACACAGUGUUUGACGUUAUGUGAGACAGCAGAAGAAGAAAAGGAAAGCAAAAAUAGUAUUUUACUGUAAAUUCUAUCCGAGUAUUGCUGUAAAUACCCGCACUGUAAUUAUUUAUAGUCACUCCUCGACUCUGGCUGUAAUUUCACGUUUAAUUGUUUGUGUACAGUAGGAAACAAAAAGUGUUUUUUUAAAGGAAAUACAAGUGUUUAUAUUUGCAUAUCUUUGACUUUUACUGUGUGUCCUGAAACUGUGGAACACUGUGAAAAAAACUGCCUCAAACAUAUUAUAUAGUUAUAUAUAUAUAUAUAUAAUGGGAUUUCAGUGUCAUGUUGGUAAAUAUCUUGCUUUGGAAAGAACAUUUUAUUAAAUGAUGAUUUUAAAGGCAUUUCAAGAUGCACAAAGACACAGAAUAAGCUUUUAAAACAUAG